CAUGGGUUUAGAGCGAAAAAAUCUACCACGACAGCAUUAGAAGAAGCUAUAUCUCACAUCCAUGACGCGUUGAACAAAAAAGAAAACAUAAUGGGACUGUUCUUUGAUAUGAGCCGGGCGUUCGAUACCGUUGAUCACAAUUUGUUGAAAGCUAAACUGUAUCAUAUUGGUGUUAGAGGCCCGUGUUUGGAAUGGAUACAUUCAUAUCUGUCAAAUAGAAAUCAACAAGUAGAAAUCAACGGUGUCCGAUCCGAGCCGAUUGAAACUAGAAUAGGCACUCCUCAAGGAUCAUUUGAGCCUCUAGUGAUUGAAAAUGGAACGUUCUCUUGGGGUGAAGAUCCAGUCUUGAAGAAUAUAAAUAUUCAGCUUAGAACACAAACUCUUACGGCUAUUGUAGGAACAGUAGGAUCGGGAAAAUCAAGUUUAGUGUCUGCCUUUUUAGGAGAAAUGGACAAAUUGUCCGGCAGAGUGAAUACUUACGGUAGUGUAGCUUACGUAUCUCAGCAAGCUUGGAUUCAGAACGCAACUCUGAAAGAUAACAUAUUAUUUGGUAAGCCUUUUGAUAAGGCUCUGUACAAUGAUGUUAUUGAGGCGUGUGCUCUGAAACCUGAUUUGGAUAUGUUACCUGCUGGAGAUCAAACGGAAAUAGGGGAAAAAGGAAUCAAUCUGUCUGGUGGACAGAAACAGAGAGUGAGUUUAGCUAGAGCUGUUUAUGCAAACGCCGACAUAUACUUCUUAGACGACCCUCUGAGCGCAGUUGAUAGCCAUGUUGGAAAACACAUUUUUGAAAAAGUGAUUGGUCCUAAUGGGAUGUUGAAGGAUAAAACAAGGGUGUUGGUUACUCAUGCCAUCACUUAUUUACCGCAAACCGACAAAAUUCUUGUCUUAAAAAGUGGUGAAAUAUCUGAAAGUGGAACCUACCAGGAAUUGCUGGACAGAAAAGAGGCCUUUGCUGAAUUCCUACUCCAGCAUAUCAGUGAAAGUGCAGAAACUGAAGAAGAACUUGAUGAGCUCAAAGACCAGCUUGUUGAUACACCUCUAUCAGAGGAAGUAAAUCGAAGAUUGGUCAGACACAGAUCACGAAUAUCUGAAUCUCAUUCUGAGUCUGGCUCAGACCGAAUUGGCAAUGGUUCAUUACAACGACAGAAAUCCAAUGACAGUGCUGAUAGGAGUCUAAGAAAAACAUCUAGCAUCACAGAUGAUUCUACAAAAUUACCAACUCUGGGUAAAAAAUUGAUUGAAGUUGAAAAGGCUGAGACUGGAAGUGUAAGCUGGGCCGUGUAUAAACACUAUUUGAUGUCGAUUGGAAUAUUUUUCAUGGUGGCGACGUUGUUUCUUAAUUUAAUUUAUCAAGGUUUCAGUGUAGGAUCGAAUGUAUGGUUGGGAGUCUGGGCAGACAGUGCAAAUGAAAGUCAAAACGACACAUCUAAAAGAGACAUGUAUCUUGGAGUUUAUGGAGCUCUUGGUCUGGGACAGGUCAUCACAGUAUUGCUAUCUUCGCUCAGCCUUUACAUAGGAACUUUAAAUGCAGCCAAAUCUUUACACAACGUCAUACUCGCGAAUGUUUUGAGAGUACCUUGUACGACAUUUUUUGAUGUUACACCAAUAGGAAGGAUCAUAAAUAGAUUCUCCAAAGAUAUCGAUACUUUGGAUAACGUUUUGCCCAUGACUUUGAGAGGAUGGGUUAUGUGCUUUUAUGGGGUCAUAGGAACAUUAUUUGUGAUAAGUUGUACAACACCACUCUUCAUAGCAGUUAUUAUUCCAAUUGCUAUUCUCUACUAUUUCAUACAGCGGUUUUAUGUUGCUACCUCAAGACAGUUGAAGCGUUUAGAGUCUGUCUCUAGAUCACCAAUCUAUUCACAUUUUGGGGAAACAGUCUCGGGAACACAUGCCAUCAGAGCUUACAAUCAACAGGAAAGAUUCAUUUUAGAAUCAGAACGUAAAGUGGAUCUCAACCAAAUAUGUUAUUAUCCAGGAAUAAUUUCUAAUCGAUGGCUAGCUGUUAGACUGGAAAUGAUGGGAAAUUUGAUUAUACUUUUUGCAGCACUUUUUGCUGUUAUUGCUAAUAAUCAGGCCCCCGGAUUAGUAGGAUUGUCAGUGACUUAUGCAUUGCAGAUCACGCAAACCCUCAAUUGGCUUGUUAGAAUGACAUCUGACGUAGAAACAAAUAUUGUAGCUGUGGAACGUAUCAAAGAAUAUGCUGAAGCAAAACAGGAAGCUGCAUGGGAAAUCACAAAUAAAAAUCCACCAAAUUCCUGGCCAGAAAUUGGUUCUGUUGAAUUCAGAGAUUAUUCUGUGAGAUAUAGACCUGGUCUUGAUCUAGUUUUGACUGGUGUCAAUUUCCACAUCAGAGGUGGUGAAAAAGUUGGCAUAGUUGGAAGGACUGGUGCAGGGAAAUCAAGUUUGACUCUUUCCCUUUUCAGAAUUGUUGAAGCUGCUGCAGGUAGCAUUUUUAUAGAUGGUGUCAAGAUAUCAGAACUGGGAUUGCACACCUUGAGAUCUCGAUUAACAAUCAUUCCCCAAGAUGCCGUUUUGUUCUCAGGAACCUUACGUAUGAAUCUGGAUCCCUUUGAUCAAUAUAAUGAUGAUGCAGUUUGGAGGUCCUUGGAGCACGCGCAUCUUAAAGAUUUUGUGAAAGGUUUGAAUGCAGGUCUCAAUCACGAAGUUACAGAAGGAGGUGAAAAUCUUUCAGUUGGCCAGAGACAGUUGAUUUGUUUAGCCAGAGCUCUACUCAGGAAGACAAAAGUGCUAGUGUUGGAUGAAGCAACGGCGGCUGUUGACCUGGAAACUGAUGAUCUCAUCCAGAAGACGAUCAGAACCGAAUUUAGUAAUUGUACAGUACUCACUAUAGCACAUAGAUUAAAUACUAUUAUGGAUUCUGAUCGUGUCAUAGUCCUUGAUAAAGGAAAAAUCAUUGAGUUUGAUACACCAAGCAAUUUAUUGAAAGAUGAAAAUUCAAUAUUUUAUAGUAUGUCGAAAGAUGCAGGUUUAGUGUAAACACCAGUACAAUUAGAAAACGGUUUCAAUGGAAUUAGGAAUGUGGUGUUUUGACUUUAUUGCCAUCAUAAUAAUCUUUACUUUUGGUUUGAUAGUGAUCACUUUUACAUUAUUUUAUAUUUUUGUACUUAAAGAUUUUACUGUGGAACUUAAGCGGCUACUUAAAGUUUGCAAAACUGGUGACCUAAAAUAUUUAAAUCACUUGAAAUAUUAAAAAAGAACUGAUAUGUUCUUUCACAAUUGUCAUAUAAAAAUUUUCACAUACCCCAGUAUUCUUGCCAGUGUUUUUGUAUUAAUAUUCAACUAGGCUUAAUGAUAUAUAAGUCAUUGAAGUACACUUUUUUUAUACAUAUUACAAGUUGAUAGUUGUUUGUUAGUGAAUAUUAAUUUUUUUGUUUAAUUUUGAGAACUUUUGUUCACUUCAUUAAAUCGAAUCGUUGAAAAAUAA